UGGAUAAGCAUUUAACAUUAAAGAUUUCUGACUUUGGUUUGAGCACUACAAAAGAGGCGUUAGGCCUUGGAGAUAUGGCUGGAGGAACUCCUAAAUGGAGAGCACCUGAACGUUUUGCUUAUAAUCCCAAACUAUAUCAAAAGUUCAUUGAAAAUCCAGAAUUUUCAAAGCUACUUAAAAACGAAGAAUUAGCAAACCAUUACAAAAAUCGGCCACAGCAUUCGGUCAAGAUGCGUGAAGAUAUUAAUGAUUUAGUCGGGAUUCUCGAACAAAAAGAUACUCCGGGUAAAAUAAAACAUGUUAUCAAGAAAUGUUGUGAAUUUGAUCCAAUCAAACGUAUUAGCUUUGAGGAAGUUGUUAUUGAAUUACAAAAUAA